UUUCUGCUCCCAGUUCACAGUUGCUCCUCUGCCAGGCAGCACCUCACCCAUCCUCCGUCACGAACCCUCCAAACAGCCACAUCCUGAAGAGAAACGAGGCAGCUUCGUACUGCGCACACACACCGACACACCGGCUCUGAGGAGGCUGGGUUGAAGCUGGAGAGGGUGACUGGAGAAUGGAAUGGAACCUCAGUAGGAUGGAGAGUGAACUGAGGCACAUCAACCCGGACCUGCUGCAGCCCAGCAAGAGCUUUAAGAAGCCCUCUUCUGGCACCAUCACCCUCAAUGUAGGGGGUUUUCUGUACACCGCCCACAGGACCACCCUCUCCAAACACCAGGGUUCCUUUCUGGAAGAGCUGGCCAACGGUAAGAAGCCCGUGCAGCACACCGAUUCCAUGGGAAACCCCUUCAUCGACCGAGAUGGUCCGGUUUUUCGCCACGUUCUCAACUACCUUCGAACUGGAGAGCUCCAGCUGCCAGACGACUUCCGGGAGGCGGGGCUUCUCCGCAGAGAGGCAGAUUUUUACCGUCUGACUGAACUGGUGGAAGCCGUGCUCGAAUGGGAAAGCCAGCGAACCGCGCAGAAGGAGCCGGCCUUUUUGGAGGUGACGGACAGCCACGAGAGGUCCCAGGGACUCAAAGUUUAUUGCAGUGACCCCGCCUUCAUCGAAAAGGUCAAAGCGCGGCUGGUGCAGAUCUCUAAAAGCCGCCUGGAUGGUUUUCCGGAAGAAUUUGUCGUGUCAUCCAACGUGAUCCAGUUUCGUCACUUCAUCAAGUCGGAGCCCGGCUCGAGGCUGGUUCUGAAGGAGGACAGCACAUUUCUGUGCACACUUGACUGUCUGAAACUAGAGACAGUGAUGCUAGCGUUAAGAUCAGGCUAUAAGUUGGUCACCAGCCUUGACAGCAGCAAAGGCUCCGUGGUGGCAGCUGAGGCCCUGCACUUUGUCAAAUAAGAAAGAGGCAAACAGACAGAAAAGAGAGAGUAGGAGAGGGAAAAGGAAUAGAGUAGUGCCUGAUUCAACAUCCAUCCCACUAAUGUAAGGUAUUGGCUUGAACAUCUUAGAACAUGUGCUGAGCUGUAGCAUGUGGUAUCAGGUGGGAGAAUAUGGGAGAACAGGUGGGUUGGAGCGCUUCACAGGACAGUGUUUAUAUUGUUGUUGCACAAUGUCGGCUUUUAAAUGCAGGAUUUCAUAACGUCGGACCGAUCGAUAUCCACGAAAAGGCAUCAACCUCUGUCAGCUCGUACUUAUACAGUGAAAAAAAAAAAUGUCCCAGAUGCAUCUAGGCUGCAUCCGAGUAGGUAUUAUACACAAACAAGUAUCACAUUGUCAUGUGGAAGUCGAACCACCGUGGUUUCAUUCACAGAUAAAACCACGGGUUCACGUUCUUAACACCUACAGCUUUAUCUGUGGAUCUUUGUCUCUGCACAAGAACUGCUUCUGCUGCUUUGUCGACCAGCCUUCAGAACCAGCUGUGAUGUGCACUGUGGUGCCAGUCAGCUUUUACUACAGUCUGUGCGUGUGUGUGUGCGCGUGUGUGUGUGUGUGACUGUGGGUGUGUGUCAUGUGGCUAUAUACUGUGUGUGCGCUGUGUUUAGUUGGUUUAAUAGCUUGUGUUUAGUUUAUUAGCCUCUCUGGAGCCUGAAGGGGAAAGCACCAGUGCAUUAAGGCCGAUUUGACUUUUUUUUUUUUUCUUCUCGGUCGGACGGAUAAACUUCACAUCUGUCAGAAACAAUGUCAACUGUUGCGCCAAGAUGAGCUUCAGUGCUGAGAACUGUGACUACUGUAAGGGCUUUGAAUCUAGCAUGAUGCAUGUGCACUAAAUAAACGGUGUGUUUGUUAGUGCUGUGAGACUCUGUGAAGUCAGUGCCACAACAAUGCCUGUUAUUUCCAAUGUGAGUAUUUUACAAAUAAAAGUAACACUGACAAUCUUAA